UUUUCUUUGUAACUGUAAUAUUAUAAAGUUGAAGAGUCUUCAAUGGUCGACACAUUGGUUUGAAUAAAUAAUGUCCAUGAACAAUAAUUGUAUUGUACCUAUGUGAACCGCGGUUUACAAAACAAGAAUUUUAAACAAACAUGGAUGACUAUGAUACAGAGGAAUUUUAUGAAUAUCCACAAGAGAUGGGAAGAAAUCACCCUGAAUUUCAAAUGCCCCCUAUGAAUGAUAAUUUUAAUAGAAAUCGUUACAAAAGCGCAUACGGCCCAUAUUGCGGGGGAUACGGGCCAAUGGGGGGCGGGAGGGGCGGAUUUGGGCCGAACGAUAACUUUGGCCCUCCGCUUGGCUUCGGCCCUCUUCCACCUCCUGGCCCUCCUCCACCUUCUGGCCCUCCUCCACCUUCUGGCCCUUGGCCUGGUGGGCCUGCAAUGUGGACUAGAGGACCUCCGUAUCCAUCUAGGUCACAAAAGAAUGACGCUGUCAAAUAUUUAAUUAAAUGUGGAGUCCCUCGUGAGCAUUUGAAAAACUUACCCAGGGAUCUCCUAGAACUGAUUACAACGGACUAUUGUGGCCUGUGUGCUGUGGCGUGUGAUUCAUUUUCUUUGGCUCGUGUGCACUACAACUCUAAAAACCAUCUGAGAAAUCAAAAGAAAUGGCAGUUGAAACGUGGCCAUGGAGGUCAGGGAAUGGGCCCACUCAAAUCUCGGGACCUGUACUGCGAGUUGUGUGAUGUGGAAAUCACGUCGAAGGUCCAUUCCCAAUCCCACUACUCGGGAAAAUCCCACAGGGCAAUCGUCGAAGGACGCCGUAAUCCAAAAAAUCCAAUUUUGGUUCAGCCUGGUAUGGAAGAUCGCAUAAAGCAACUCGUGCGUCGCGAGAAAAGGUUUCUGGUGUCUGAUCAGGUUGAUUCUGCUGAAGCGGCCUUAUCUGAUCUUAUCGAUAUAAAGGACAGGAUCCCAGCGGAAUUGCAUUGCGACAUUUGCAAGACGUUCGUGACCUGUACGGAGCAGAUGACCCUGCACUUGAACGGCAAGAAGCAUCUUAACAAGGAGAAGCAGCACAUCUUGAAAAUGAUGAAGGGGGAGGCCAGUGGAAACGAUGCAGCAGACAAGUCCACCGCCAAUAAUGAUGAUGAUUUGCUGCGAACCCUCGACCGCGUACUUGAAAAACUACCGCCAAUAGAAGACGAGGAUCUGAGAAAAGAUGAGGCUGUUGAAGGGGAAGACGCAGCUGAAGAAGAUUGGGAGAAGAGUGGUGAAAAAUGGGACGAACCAGAAACACUAUGUUCUUAGGUGCGAAUAUGGUCGUCACGUCGUCGUUUCUGAAAAUUGAGAAUAUUGUUUUAAAAAUAAAUGUACGUGUGUAA